CUCUCAUCUAUUAACUUUAACAACCACACGGGGACGUCUGGAGGCGGUGUCCAGCUCUCCUUCGUCCUCACAUGUGUCAGUCCAGCCGGGACACGCAGUCAGACACUGGUGAAUGUUGUUGUUGGAUGAGUGGCCGCGGCGCCGCUGACAGCAGCGCGUUUCCGCUGCAGGAGGAAACUUUGUGACGCCUUCAGUGUGGAGUCGGGACUGUUCGCAGGAAGACCGGAGAUCUAUUGCGCUUUCAGCUUCUAAACGUUUGGACAUGGUCUUCUGAGAAGAAAGAAAAAAAAACUACGUAAACUUGGAAUUUAACGGGUUUCUGAAACUGAAAUGUCUCAACAUUGGAAAUGCAGCUCCACGCCUGUCUGCUGCUUUUUAUCGUCACUACAGAUAAAACAUUGGCCUCGUUGAACCAUCACUGUGGUGGAAAUGUCAGCCUGGACCAGGAGCAUACUGGUCUCAUCAACCUCACUUCACCUGGAUUUAUUGACAUCAGCGCCGACCCCACAAACCAGCAUUGUGAUAAGACUUUACAGUCUUCAGUUUGCACCUGGCUGUUAGAGGUUCCUCUGGGAAAGACAGUACUUUUAAAGUUUGUGUGGUUGGAAAUCGGUUCAAGUGUAUCACUGCGUUGUGCCUUGAAGGAGGAAGAUAAGGCCUUACAGAGCGGGGAUACUGCUCUGCUCUCCAGCUGUGACAGAAACAAAGCCACCCUCAGUUGGACAGGACCAGGAUGCUCCUCAAAUGCACUUCAGCUGGUUUACCAUGUUCGUCCAGUCCAGGAAGAUGAAAGGAAUUCCUCGGAGAGCCAGUCAACUCACCAGCCGGACCAAGACCCCACCGGUUGGUCUCAGGCAGGAACCACCUUCACAAGUCCCACCACUGUUGCCCAAGAGGAGCUGAAAGGCACAGAGGAAGGCAGAGGUCUGGCGUGGAGCCUCGGGCCCGAGCCGGUAUCUGGUACCUCCCUUAGGGACGAGAGGCUGCUGCGCCCCACCUCAUCCAAGCAGGGACACCCUGUCGCUGGGAGAACUGAUAGGGAAACGCUCUCUCUUCCUGAGGAAAAACCAAACAAUGGAGCGGAUACAUCUGGAGCUACUCACCUCGUAGAUGAUGCCAGGACUGCCAGAACACGCCCAUAUUUUCAGCAUGCAAUCAGCACAGACACUAAAUCCAAAACUGAAAAUCCUACUGAGUUAAACUCCCCUAAAAUGGAGAUGGCAUGGACCCAAUCAUCAGUCGGCAGGUCCACGGCCCCGCUUGGUGCACACAUACGCACAUCUCCAUCCAUUCAGACAUCUCAAUAUACGGACAAAUAUGUAACUUCACAAACAGACUGGAGUGUUUCCAGCUCCAUUGUUGUCCUAGUCACCUCUCCUCCCCCCAAGACCCUGGCCUGGGAAACUGAUACCAUCUUAACUGUCCAUAAUGGUCCUGUUAGCGGGACACCUGAAGAUACGCCUGUAUCUCCCUCUCUGAGGAGUGGGCAAAGCACAGACUCCGAUCUAACCUCCGCCACCACCUCUGAACUUGUAAAAACCCCCAUCAAACCUUCACAUUAUGACCCAAGUAGUGCAAACACUGCUACAGAACCCACUCCAUCAUCAUCAUCAUCAUCCUCACAAGACUCCGACAGGAGUUAUUCUCCCGCCACCCACAUAACAGAGCUCGGCGCUGCUACGACAGCGGCGGCGUCGGUUCAUCCACACACAAGUCAGAAUGACUCACUUGUAUCCGAUGCAUCCGAUGUUACGGCUCAGACGGCCGAGUUCGAGUCCACUGAGUUUGAAAAUACAGAUGUGCUUUACGCUCUCACAUCGUCUUCCAUAGAGAGUAAGACAAACGCUUCUGAAAGCACAGAGAGACUCUCACACCCUCCAAAAACAUCCUCCCAAACAGGUAACGAAGAGAUCACAAAGGAUGGUCAGCAGUCUUCUACUUUCACUGGCUACUUUUCUACACCAAGAGUAUUACCGACAACUACAGUCCAAAAUGCAACUGCUGCAGAUAUUACCAGAGAAACACACACAUCACCAACAUCCCACACACUCUUACAUGAUAACUCACCCACAGAUUCUGUUCCUACAUUGUCAUCGAGCACAACCACAGAAUCAUCAGCAGCUUCCUACAUGCUCAAAACACACACCGUGCCUCCUGAUAAUCCGUCUAUAACCUCCUCUGCCACUGAAUCAUCCAUGCACACAACCUUUGUGAACCACAAAGUCACGCCUGUAGCUUCACAACUAACUAGUUUGCCUAAUACGCACCAGGACCUGCUUCUGCCGACCUCCACUAAUAUAUCUCCAACAAAUGAACCAUCUCAGGAACUCUUUACUCCUAAAUAUACUUCUGAGUACUCAACUAUAAAUUCAGAUUCUGGAAAGGUGAAGGUUGAGAAAGGGGAGGAGUUCUGGCGGCGGUCUUCUUCCACAGCUCGGCCUCGGUCAACCGCAAGACCAAGCCAGCAGAGCAGCUUUCCACUCACGCCCGCCGCUGUAACCCCGGCAACCAGUCCUGUGUUCUACAUCGUACCAAACCAGCCUGCUGCCAUCAGAGUGGAGUCAGUUGAGCUGCUGCUGCAGAUCGUUGUAGAAGAGUCCAGAUCGACUUUGACUGCUGGUUUAGAGGAAGACACAACAGCAUGGGUGGAGCCGUACCUGCGGAGAGCCCCAGGCUUCAGCAAGCUGCUGGGAGUCUGGAGCAGUGGCCAUGCAGUGCAGAGUCUGGUAGAGUUUAAAACCAGCGGGGCUCUGGUUUGGCUCAGCAUGACUGGACCCGCAACGCUGUUGGAACGAACAGGACUCGCCCAGGCUGUUCGCGAGGGGAAAAGGUUCAGAUCAUCCAAGAUCACCAACAUCACUCUUGGAGGCCUUCAGGGUGACGUGUGCGACUGGUUACUGCAGUGCCCUGCAGGCUAUAGAUGUGUGCCCCAGGCUGGCUCCACUAACUACAGCUGCUCCUCUGUGUGCCGCUCCGACUACUGCCACCACCACGGCAUCUGCACGCACCACCCAGGACAGCUCCCAGUGUGCCGUUGCCUUGUAGGUGAAGACUUCUGGUAUAUGGGUCAGAGGUGUGAUGUGAAGAUGACUCGAGCACGACUCGCGGGUGCAUGUCUUGCCGUCUUGCUCAUCAUGGCGGCUGUCAUCGGCAUUUUGGCCUUUGUAGCUGUGCGGCGCUAUCGAGCCAUUCUGAUCCAGACCAAAGUGGACCAGACUCGCAGCAGCUAUCGUAGGUUCAACCAUUUUGACGAGCUCUCAGGGCGGUUCUGGUUGCGGCCCUGGGCGGGAUCUGCAGAUUCCCUGGACAAUCCUGCCUUUUCGCACUCCAAUGAGUUACUGCAUCUGCGAGCACUCGACCGGCCCUGCUGUUACCACGACGACACCCUAUCGCUGGCUUCCACUUGCCCCAGCCAUGGUGCACGCAUUAACACAAUCUACCCCCACAGCUCCCAGUAUGGCUGGAGGGGGAGUGAGAUGAGUGUGGGGGAUGGCGUGCUGGACUCAGGUAAGGCCAGUGACUUGUCUGUCUGUAGCUGGCCUGUGGAACCCAUUCACUGGACUCCAUUCCCACUUCUGCAGCAGCUAGCUUCCCACAGGUCCCCCAAGGUCAAGGUGUCACGACCGCGGUCCUACUGUGAAGGAAUGGAGCUGGUAGACAUGGGAAAGAGUUGGACCGCCUGAAAGACAUUAAGAAAGAGAACUUGGUCUUGCGUCACUGCAAUGUAAAGCUUGAAUGUUCUUAUUUUACAAAUAAGAGAUGUCAAAUGGUAAAUGUUAAUGUGUAUGCAUUUAUGUGUGUUUGCUAUCUAAAU